ACGCCAUCCGAUAGGUCUUAAUGGAGAAGAGGCAGCGUUCCCCCGCCGCCUCCUCCGCCGACGAGAUCCUCUCCUCCGCCACAACCCUCGCCGCCACCAAGCCCGGAAAGUCGUCCCUCAGAUCCCUUAUUUUCUCCCUCCCGCCCUCAUCCGAUGUCGUUGCCUCCCUCCCCGAAACACUCCACCUUGCCGUAUCCGCCUCCCUCGAUGCCUUCCGGAACUCCCUCGGUCCGUGCGGCUCUCCAGUACGCGCCUUCCGCUCACCUCCCCUGAAGCGGUCCCGCCCGUCCUCUGCAGCCCAGAAGCCAGACGAGGAAGCCGAAGGUUCUGCCGCCCCCAUUUCUGACGAAACCCUAGAUCAGCUCAAGAACCUCAAAGCUUACACCUUUGUCGCUUUUCUAUGCUUCUCCCACCCGAAGAAGCUGUUUUCCCCAUCCGACCUCCUCCCUUCCGUUCGGUCCCUUCAUGAUUGCCUCGUGCUGUAUGAGAUGGACUCGGCGCUGCUCUCGCAGGUUGCCGGCCUCUGCGAGGAGUGGUGGAAAUUGAAGCUUCCGGGGAGGGAGAACUUGGUCUCCCAGUCGUUGCCGUUCUUGCUAUCCAGGUCGUUAACCGACUGCAAGAAAGCAGACGUCCGAAGGGUUUACUCCCUCCGGGGGGCGUUUUUGUUAUUCGACUAUGUGGAUGAGAGUAUUGAGGACCUGAAGAUGCUUCUCAUGCGUUGUGUCACCUCGCCGGUGUAUCAGAAGAUGGAUGAAGGGAGGAAGUUUGUUUCUUUUGUUCUGGGAUUGAAUCAACAGCUCACAAAGGAAGCUCUGGAAUUGUUGAAGUCUCAGAUACCAUUUGGAAAGAAGUCAAUGCUGGAGGCUUUUGCGGACAUCCUCUUCAGGGCAUGGAAAGGAAGUGAAGGCUCUUUGAGAGAGGAAAUUGAGGAUGGCUUCUUGCAAGGGCUGAUUGAAGGGGCAAUUUAUGCUGGUUCUAAAUUUCUUGCUGCCUCUGCCAGGAGAGUCUUAGGAGAGUUCGUCCAACAGAGAAUGACUGAUGGUGUGGACAAGCUCCUCCUCCGUCUUGUAGAACCAGUGCUGUUUCGAUCAUUGCAGGUUGCCAACUCCAAUGUAAGGCAGAAUGCAUUGCAUCUACUAUUGGAUAUGUUCCCACUUGAAGAUCGAGAUAUGACAAAGGAGGUUAAAGAAAGUUUACAACAGAAACAAUUCCUGUUGUUGGAGAAAUUGCUUCUUGAUGACUGUCCUGAAGUGAGGUUAGUUGCUGUUGAAGGUUCAUGUCGCAUUCUUCACUUAUUCUGGGAAGUCAUUCCAACGUCUACUAUCACAAAGUUUCUGGCAAAAAUUGUUGAUACCAUGUCACACAACAUCUCUAAUGAAGUGAGAAUUUCAACAAUUAAUGGCAUUAUCUAUUUGCUUGACAACCCACAAAGUCAUGAAAUAAUGAAAGUUCUCCUUCCAAAGUUGGGUUUCCUAUUCUUUGAUCCUGUUCUUUCCGUUCGAGUUUCUGUUGUUGAUCUUCUUCUAGCUGUUCGUGAUGUUCACACUUUCCAAUUUAAUAAGGUGGUUGCUUUGGAUGACCUGUUGUCCUCCUUGGCAAAUGAUCACCCACGAGUUGCUCAAAAAAUUACAAACUUGCUAAUUCCUUGUUACUUCCCGUCAAAAUUGACUAUAAAGGAGGCAUGCAGUCGUUUUGUUGCACUUAUUAAGCGGUCUCCCGAUGCUGGGGCAAGGUUUUGUGAAUUUGCUUUUUCUGAGGGAUCCUCUUCAAGGUCACUUAUGGAACUUGCCAAGUUUUGCAUCAGUUUGGCUCUUUCACGUAAGGGUCUAGACAGGGAGAAGACUGAUGGUUUGCUUAUUUCAUCGUCCAAUAUAUGCCAAGGCCUAGCAAAUGAGUCAUCAGUAAAACCAGUUCUCACUGAGUUGCUUUCAGCUGAGAGAUUGAAACACAUGCUAACUGCAGCAAGCUCUGAACGUGCCCAAACAGCCAUCUUAAGCAUGGCUUCUCUUGUAUCCUCUGAAAAUGUAGUUUUUUUAAAAGAUUAUUGUUUGGCUAUCUUAAGAAACUCAAAUUUUCUAUCUGAUAAUGUGGAAAAACAAGAAGUCGUCAAGGCAGCACAAAAGUUGAUAAUUUCUGGUGGUGGAUUUGAUGAGAUGUUUGAGCACUUAGCAAAUGUAUUACGAGAACUUGCAUCUACUUUGUGCAUCAGAUUUGGACUGGGAUCGACAGAGGAGAUCUUGCAGACUUCAAAAAGGAAAAAAGUGAAGUUACCCAUGAAAACUUCAAGAAGGGUAAAUCAAGUGGCUGGAAAAGUAUCACAAAAUUGUGGGAUAGGCAGUGAUGAUAAGGAUUUUAUUAUUGCUGGAUCAGCAUCAUGGCAAGUGAAAUAUUUGCUUACAACAGAAUCAACAAGAACUUCUGCAUUAAAUUCUCCCUUUUCAGGAACGAUAUUUUCUGCACUAAGUGUUAUUUCAGAGUUGUGCAUUCAACAGUGCCUUCAGUUGAAUCACUUAGAGAUCGAACCUAUUGUAGCCUACACAACAUUUGCAAUAUUCAUGUCUCUUCAGAAUACUUCUGAAAAUGCCGAUGGUAUCAAGGAUAAUGAUUUACAUCAAGCAAGCUCAUCCCUUGAGGUGACUUUUGAUGGUGCUUUGAAUCACAUAAUCAAUUGUGUUGAUAGACUCUACUUGGAUUCUGUUUCUGGAAAACCUAGACAAGAAGUCGAGAGAGCACAAUCCCAAAAAAGCAAGUGUAUUGAAGUUCCAGAAGGAACCUCAAAUCCAACUGAAGGUUACCAAUCUUUUCAUGUUAAAAGGAUACAGAUUUUGGUGAAGUUGUAUACGGCGGUAAUGAAAUUUGUUGUUGAUGCUGUAAGAACAAGGCUCCCCAAUCAAACCCUACAAAGGUGCUUGAAGUUUGCAUCAGAUCAUAUUCACCACAUUGUCUCGGCUUUAAGAGGUCACAAAUAUCAAAAACUAUCGAACAAGGACGAAGUUACCAUGAAUAAUAUCCAGGAGGAGGUUUUGAAGGAUAUUUCAAUACAUUUAAAGAGCUCAUUUUCGUAUGCAGCUAAAUUACUUCAUGAGUUCCUAAAGAACACAAAUGAGGGCUCAGGAGCAUCACCGGAGGCCUUCCAUCUUGCAAAUGAUCUUCUAGAUCUAAUUGCUUCGACCGGGUCAUCUCUUGGAAGUCGACAUGAUUCCAAUAUUGUUUCAAUCGCCAAGCCAUGGUUGCCUACUAUCAUACUAGGUUUGGGCUGCAACCACUUGAUGAUGCCAGAUAAGGAAUGCACCUUGAAUCUGGCCGAUCUUCUCAGUGCCAACUUUCCGAUAUGGCUUUCUGAUCUAGGCGAUACUGAAUUCCACAUAGAGAGCCAGACUCCUAAAUCGAAGUCUUCUGCAUUUGAAAGUCUAAUCGAGUUGAUGCUCGUCCUGCUAAAGAAAGGAAGCCACAGAAUUUUGGAUGCCACCUGCGGUGUCAUCUUGGGAGCUGUCGAGGUCAUGCUCAAAAAUGCCAACUUCAGCUUGGUUUUAGGACUGAUCCGUUUCGUAUGCUUCAAAAUGUUCGAAAACAAAUCUGUGCCUUCAGAAAGACUUCAGGUAACAAAUAGCUACUUAAGAAAGGUCUAUCAAUUGAUAGCAAAGGAACUCGAAGAGCAUCAGGAAGGCGAAGAUGAAAGGCAUCACUUAGUAAGUGCCCUGAAAUUCAUUGAAUCAAUUUUAUGAUGAGACUAAUUUUACUAGUUCAGUGCAUUAAAGAGUAGGAUUUUGGAGUCCAAACAUAUAGUCGUCAUAUCGUUGUGUUCUAUAAAAAUCUAGGCUUCUUCUGGCAUCUAAUGGCCAUUUUAGUCUGUAAGGUUGACAAAAACCACUAAGCUUAUUUAUUAUCAAUAUCGAUGAAUUCGGGUGUCUAUUCAUAUCGAGAGGCCACUACGAUGAUGUGCCGGAGACGACAGAGGUCACGUGGCCUCCCCAAGACUUGGUCAACAAUGAAUCCAUGUCAGCUCUCUCGAGAAAGUCCAAGUCCAAAUCGGACUCGGACUGAGCUGACUUGACGAUCCGACGGAAGCCGUCCCAACAACAACCGACUUAACUUGUGCCCAAUCUUCCAAAAGAGCUCGGCAGCGGACGUUUCAAGAAGUCCACCCAUCCCUUGAUCUCAGAUCGGAUCAUAUGACUCAAUGUUUUGUGAAAUUAGAUGACUACCAUUACAAUUCUACAAUGGAUAGUGGCUGUAAGCU